AUGUUAAUUAUCCAGCAGAUUGUAUCUACGGUAUCAAAUUUAUAAUGACCAAAAUAAAGAUGCAAGAUUUGGAAUUUGGCAAAUGUUUAGAUUUUUGAAAGCAGAGAAGUGAGAAGGAAAAAGUUUGAGUGGUCUCCAUUUUGUGCUUCACAAUCUUCGUUCAUUCAUUCAUUCAUGUCUCAACCCAACCGCCAGUUGAAUCUAAAUAAUGAUAAUAUAGAGAGCUUUAGCGAUCAGAUCAAACAGCACGAAGACAAUAUUGAGUUCCUUAAUUCUCAAUCGAAUCGUCUAACUGAGUCCGUACUCGACUUACAAGUGAGUCUUGGAAGGUACCAUUCAGCUAAUGUAAUUUCAUUGGAGAAUGGGAAUGGUGCAUUUCAUACUGAAGAGGAAACAGCGGAACAGAUAUUGAAGAAAGAGAACUCUGCUGCUAGCAUAUUUUGUUGGAUCAAAUCUAAUUCUCAGACAUCAAAUUUGGCAUUUGUAAAGGAUGCUGUCGGUGUUGUGGCAACACUUGCCAGGGUUGAGAGUGAUGAUCUCAGCAGGAUCCUCUCUGAGUAUCUGGGUUUGGAGACAAUGCUUGCAAUAGUCUGCAGUACUAAUGAAGGCGUUAAAGCACUGGAGAAGUAUGAUCCAGAAGGCACGAUAAACUGUAAUGGUGGUUUGCAUGGAAUUGGAUCGAGAACUGAAAGAAGAAUAAAGGGCCGAUUUGUUGUCAUAUGUCUUGAAGAUUUAAGACCAUUUGUUGGAGGUUUUGUCGCCAACGAUCCACAAAAGAAGCUGGCUCUUCCAAAGCCGAGAUUACCUAACGGGGAGUGCCCACCUGGGUUUCUUGAUUAUGCAGUGAACAUGAUCCAUCUCGAUACAAAUAGAUUGUCUUUUCUUACUGCCAGUGGGCACGGUCUUAGAGAGACAUUGUUUUAUGGCCUUUUUUCUCGCUUACAAAUAUAUAAAACCCGGAAUGAAAUGCUGCUUGCUUUACCAUGCAUUAAUGAUGGAGCAUUGUCAUUAGACGGGGGAAUGAUCAGAAAAUGUGGUAUGUUUGCUCUUGGUAGUAGAUGUAGAAGUGAAGUUUCCUCUAAUCGGUGGAGAACCGGACGUACCUCCAGAUUAUAUUGAAGCUGAAGAUGUGGUGAGGAGGCUGAAAUGGGAAACCUCUAAACUUGCUGCUGAUAUACAAAGAGAGCAGCAGUUGCUGGACUUUAGAAAAGGCAGCAGCAACACCACAAGCCAAACCUAAAAUGUUGUUUGCAGAUAUUUGGUUUCAACCUAAAAUGAUCCAUCUAUAACCGCAACAAGUUUUGUGUAUUAGUAGUAGUAUGUUCAUUUUGUAGUCACGGGUCAAGAGGCCUAUGUGCUAAAUACAUUUUCAUGGUGUAGCUAUGCUUUUGCUCAAUGCCUACGUCUAUUGAGUCAAAAGGAUGUUUUGUUUAGCUUAUCCUUUUGAAUGUUGUAACUCUUUACCAUCAAUUAUAAACUCGUUCUCUGAUAAAAUCAUUGCAUAGACUUCUUAUUC